AUGCCUAGGUUGCUGACGUCAGCAUUGCAUCAGUUUGUCCUGUCAGCAGCUCGGGCUGAAUUUGCCCGUGGGCUUGCCUGGGCUCGUGGGACCCAGCUCUUGCCAGGGCUGACCCUUGCACGCUGGAGCUGCUUCCUUCCCCCCUGGACUUCCUUUUGCCCGAUUUUGAAGCAAGGGUGGACUUGCUCUUACGUUAAUCCAUGCAAAAUUCAUAUAGGUGUGAAAUAUAUGAUAAAAAUCACGAACGAGAACGAUUGA